AUGACUUCCUUUCUCUUUGACUUUUUCUUGGACGUCGACUCUUCGGAAGUCGUAGAUGGAGACGUCUCUGGAGUCGUGGAUGGAGAUGCCUUUGGAGUCGUGGAUGGAGAUGCCUUUGGAGUCGUGGAUGGAGAUGCCUUUGGAGUCGUGGAUGGAGAUGUCUCUGGAGUCGUGGAUGGAGAUGCCUUUGGAGUCGUGGAUGGAGAUGUCUCUGGGGUGGUGGAUGGAGAUUUCUCUGGGGUGGUGGAUGGAGAUUUCUCUGGGGUUGUAGAUGGAGACGAUUCCGAGGGUGUGGUGGUCGAGGAAGCACCUCCACCCGCUCCACCUGAUGGGCCACCGCCAGACAGACCACCGCCAGAUGGGCCUCCUCCAGAUGGGCCUCCUCCAGAUGGGCCUCCUCCAGAUGGGCCUCCUCCAGAUGGGCCACCUCCGGCUCCACCACCGCCAGAUGUUGGACAGCUAGUCACUGUCACUGUCACUGUAGACACAGUUGCAGUGGGACAAAAUGGGGCACAGAUAGAAGAGACCCCAGGGCAGAUAGAUCCACCGGAGUUGCCACCUCCAGAAGAAGUGCCUCCGCCGGGGCUUGUACCUCCACCACCAGGGGAAGUACCACCACCGGGUGAAGUGCCGCCGCCAGGAGAGGUACUGCCGCCAGGAGAAGUGCCACCACCAGGAGAAGUGCCACCACCAGGAGAAGUGCCACCACCAGGAGAAGUGCCACCACCAGGAGAGGUGCCGCCGCCAGGAGAGGUGCCGCCGCCAGGAGAGGUGCCGCCGCCAGGAGAGGUGCCGCCGCCAGGACUACCGGUAGAGCUUGGGCUAGCACCACCACUACUAGGGCUAGUUCCUCCUCCGGGAGAUAUACCACCGCCAGGGGAAGUGCCACCGCCAGGGCUUGUACCUCCUCCAGGGGACGUACCACCACCAGGAGAAGUGCCACCACCAGGAGAAGUGCCACCGCCAGGAUUACCGGUAGAGCUAGGGCUAGCACUACCACCACCACCAGGGCCUGUACCGCCGCCGGGGGAUGUGCCUCCACUAGGGCUAGUUCCUCCUCCAGGGGAGGUACCGCCACCAGGUGCACCAGUAGACCCAGGUGAAGUUGAGCAGGGAAUUCCGGUCUCUUCACCAGGGAAUGUUUCGGUAGCGGAAGCAACGGCUGAACUCAGGGCGCCCGUGUUGGCGAUAUUAUGA